AUGAAUAUGGAAGAUCGGCCAUCAACUUCAAGUGCUGCUGGCAUGCAGGUCUCUCACAGUUUUUCGACAUAUUUUCAAAAUUGUAUAUAUUUACCUCCACUGACAGAAAUAAAAAAAAAAUUACCAUUAGCAUUUAAAAUUAGAUAUUCCAAUGUACAGUGCAUUAUAGACUGUUUCGAGAUUCAAAUAGAAAAACCCAGUGAUCCAGAGAAGCAAGCGCAGACUUGGUCGCAGUACAAAUCAUGCAACACAAUUAAAUAUUUGAUUGGCUGCACACCCGCUGGAUACAUAUCAUUCAUCUCACAGGGUUAUGGGGGACGUACAUCUGACAAAGCCAUCACGGAGUGGAGUGGCUUCGUUGAUGUUCUUCCCCUAAAUGCGGUAAUCAUGGCCGAUCGAGGAUUUAAGGAGAUUGAAUCCCUUCUAAGUACAAAAAAUGGAAAACUCUUAAGACCUCCUAGUGUCUUUGCCAAUCAAAAAAUGUUAAAAAAAGAUGUAAUUAAAACUAAGGUGAUUGCCAGUUUGAGGGUGCACGUUGAGCGUGUAAUUAGGAGAAUACGGGAAUUCCAUAUGUUAAAACCUCACUCUGUGGUUAAUAACAAACACAUAAAAUAUUUGGACGACCUAGUCAUUAUAGCGUGCGGAUUAAGUAAUCUUCAGAAUCCGAUAAUAAAAGACGUUUGAUAUUAA